GGCAGCGAUCUAGUGGCGGCGGCGGCGGCGGUGCUCGCCCCUCUCCCUGCUAUUCCAGGCAGAUGCGGGGAAGCCGGGGAGGAGGAGGAGGAGGCGGCUGGCUCUGCUGCCGAAGGGAUCGUUGGCUCGGGGCCGUUCGGGCCGCUCCGCUCCGCAACCGGGGACGCUGGAAGCCGCCUCUGGAGCAGCGCCGCCCCCCACCCCCACCCCCCCCGUUCCCCGCGGCUGAGAGUUUUCGCUGAGCCCCGUCCGGCGCCCCCCCCCGACCCCCCCCCCUCCCUCCCUCCCCCUGCCAUGCUCCGGGACCCGAGGGCUCCGCUGGGGGAGGCGGCGGCGGCGGCGGCGGCGGCAGGAGGAACUUCCCCAGGAGGAACCCUGAUGGCUGCGAAGGUGGAAAUCUAAGCGCGGAGCCCCCAUCCUGCCCCGGGAGGAGGAGGAGAAGCCGCGCGGAGCGGAGGCUGCGAGGCAACCACCAUGAGCCCGGGGGCUCCGCACUGAUGGUCUUGGCGCCGUCGCUGCCCCCGGCGGUGGGAGACCCCGGAGCUCCUUCCCUCCUUCGGGGCAGAGACCGCGGAGACCCGUGAGCGGGAGGCGCCCGGAGGAGAGAGGCAAGGGGGCUGCCGGGGGAGGGAGGGGAGAGAAGGAAGACUGGACUGAACUUCCCUCGAACUCCCGGCUGCGCUUCUCCCUUCGCCCCUCCCGGACCCUCCUUCGCCCAGAGAGACGUUGGGCGGCCCCUUUUCUUUUUGAUUGUCCCCGUUGCAGUUUCCGUCGCGAUCGCCCCUUUCACACGGACACGGACACACAGACCCACACAGACCCACACAGAGACGCCGUACGGGCCCCCAGAGCUACUCUGGGCCCGGUAUCAUCAUGGCGGUGAAGGCGGGCGCCGCCAACACCGGGGUCCUGCUGGUGACGGCCAACGUCGGAUCCUUGUUCGACGAUCCAGAAAACCUGCAGAAGAAUUGGCUUCGGGAAUUCUAUCAGAUUGUACACGCACAUAAGCCACACUUCAUGGCAUUACACUGUCAAGAGUUUGGAGGGAAAAACUAUGAAGCAUCCAUGUCUCACGUGGACAAGUUUGUUAAAGAAUUGCUAUCCAGUGAUGCUAUGAAAGACUACAACAGAGCCCGGGUUUAUCUGGAUGAAAAUUUCAAGUCACAGGAACACUUUACGGCACUGGGCAGCUUUUACUUUCUACACGAAUCCUUGAAAAAUAUUUACCAAUUUGACUUUAAAGCUAAGAAAUAAAAAGUUACGGGGAAAGAGAUCUAUUCAGAUACAUUAGAAAGUACUCCGAUGCUGGAAAAAGAAAAGUUCCCACAGGAUUAUUUCCCUGAGUGCAAGUGGUCCAGAAAAGGAUUCAUACGAACAAGGUGGUGUAUUACUGACUGUGCCUUUGACUUGGUAAACAUUCAUCUUUUCCAUGAUGCUUCCAAUUUAGUUGCUUAAACAAGCCCAUCUGUUUACUCAGGAAUAAGGCAUAAGGCCCUUGGUUAUGUACUUGACAGAAUUAUAGAUCAGCGGUUUGAACGAGUUUCAUAUUUUAUCUUUGGUGAUUUCAAUUUCCGACUGGAUUCAAAGUCAGUGGUAGAGACACUUUGUGCAAAGGCUACAGUGCAGACCAUCCGGGCUGCUGACACUAAUGAAGUAGUCAAACUAAUAUUCCGUGAAUCUGAUAAUGACCGAAAGGUUAUGCUACAGUUAGAAAAGAAACUCUUUGAAUAUUUUAAUCAAGAUGUUUUUAGAGAUAACAAUGGCACUGCGCUUUUGGAAUUUGACAAAGAGCUGUCAGUCUUUAAAGACAAAUUGUAUGAACUGGACAUUUCGUUUCCUCCCAGCUACCCGUAUAGUGAAGAUUGUAGCCAGGGAAUGCAAUAUAUGAACACUAGAUGUCCAGCGUGGUGUGACAGAAUCCUGAUGUCACAUUCGGCCAAAGAACUUGUUCUGAAGUCUGAAAACGAUGAGCGGCAAGUGGUGUACGACCACAUAGGACCAAAUGUCUGCAUGGGGGACCACAAGCCCGUGUUCCUGUCCUUUCGAAUAGCCGCUGGGGCAGGUAAACCUAUUGCCAAUAUGCACAAGUGUUGUGUCGUGCAGUGACGUGGUGGGAAAAGAUGCCUCCGACAUGAGAAGAUAUUUCGGGAAAGUUCAUUAUAGCGAGGAGGAGGAGGAAGAGGAGGAGGAGGAGGAGGAAGCUUCAAACUCCCACCCAUCGCUUAAAUCAAGUGACAGCUCUAGCCAUCCAUCCAAGUCCUGCGUGCCCUGUUCUUCUUUUAUUAUCACUGUUCUCGUUAUUUUAGGCUGUUUAUGCUCCACUAGCUUAUUUCUGGCGUGGACACGAGUCCCCACCACCCCCAAAAAUCUCUUAUACCUCACUGUCUUGUAUAUUCUUGUGUCAUCAAAAGUGGACUUCUUGUUUUUAUAUGGCAAUGCCUAUAAUAUUAUGCUACAGUCUGGUUGCCAAAACGUAUCUACAAAAACAAAAUUCCUCAUAUUAGGUUUUUUUUUUAACAGUGUUUUGCGUCUUGGAUUUCCCUGUGAGGUUUAUGUUUUUAGUUGGUCAAUGUGGAAUGAGUGUGUGUGUAUACGUGUAUAUAUGCAUAUAUGUAGACACACCUUCCACAUGUGAGACCGUUUCCAUCAUCACCCUUCUCUAGCUUAAAAGCCGGGUUGGGGUUUUAUCUCUUGCCUUGUGUAGAAGUCCUGCUGUGUUAUUGUUGUCCUUUGAUCCUGUGACAUUUGGGGAAGAGGAUCCAAGUUCGUUUCGUUCUGUUUUGUUGUCCUUUUUAUAACUUGUUUUCUCAUGUUAUUUACUCUACUGCCACGUUCCAUGGUUUCUGAAUCACACAACAGCAGCUGCUUUCUAUACGUGUAUAUAUUUAUAUAUAGAUUGUAUGUGAGUGUGUAUAGAGAUACAUAUAUAUAUAUAUAUACACAGAUAUAGAGAUAAUUUAUAAUUACAAACCGUCUGUCUUUCCUGAUGCCAAUAAGACUUUUCCAACAAGCCCAUAUAAAUAAUACCAGCCUUGUCCGGCAGGAGAUUCUGCCACCGGUUAGUCCAUUCGGGAUUAACUCGGGAUUAACUUGCAGACGAGGAAAGGGAGGCAGAGUUCGCGAUGGGAGGAGGCGAUGGGACGCUUCACACACCCCUUCUGAAACACGCGUGGAAAGCUUUCCCGGAGAUCCCCGCUGGGCGCGUGGCGGCUCCUCCCGGGUUCCUGCAUCCACCUUACUUCGGAGCAACCUGCCCGGGCUCAGCGGCUCAGGAGGCCGAGCGGGAGCCCCGCAGACCGUCGUGCUCGGCCGAGGGGGGGGGCUUCUCCCGUGGGAGGUGCGGCGGGGGGGGGCUCCACACUGCAGGGCUACAAUCUCAGCUCCGCAGCAGCCGCUCAGCUGCCCAACGGCUUCUUCGUGGAGAGCAGGGACGGGAAUCCGGGCAGGAGAGGGGACGGGGGGGGGCGGAGCAGCCCCUGGUCGGGGCGCCCUUGUUGCUUGGGACUAGAGGGGGGGGGGCGGGAAAGCCGGAGCUUCCUAUUGAGAGCUCCCCCCCCCCUGCCCCGGAGUACAGCAUUAAAAGGUGAUGAGCGAGUCUGUUGCAGAAACACGCGGGGAGCCUUAUUGAUUCCACGGAGAACACUACCCGGCUCAGGGGACGGGCGGGGCGGGGGUCGGGAGAUGCCUUUGCAGAACAACUCGGGCUUUGCGGUGGGAAGGAGGAGGGAGGCGGGAGGAAGGGCUCCUGUGUCCCUGAUCCUACCAGGAGUGGGAGCCGUUGCACGCGGGUGGAAGGACGCGGAGCCGCCUAAGGCUCGGAGGGGCUUGUCUGUGUGUGUGUGUGUGGCGGGUUCACUGCGAAAUGAGCAUCCUGGUUCUCAAGCAAUAAAAACCUGAUCCUGAUUAAA